GUGCUAUGACGCUCCAUGACGUCAGCACCGCGCGCCACAUUUGAUCAGCCGCUUCGCUCGUCGCUCUUUUGUUUAUGUUUAUUUAAAACUUGAAAUGUAAAGCUAAUAGUUGGAAUAAUCGAUGAAUUCGCUGUGUUUAUAUCAUCUGAAUGUUUAUAUGUUUGAUUUAUACGCUGCCAGUGUACAGCGGGAGGCUUUAGCACGUUUUAUUUUAUAUUUGAUUUAGUGUGACAGGAUGAGAGUACUGUUUAAUAAUCUGCGUUUAUUAAUUUACAUUCGCUGAUAAAGAUGCUGAUAAAAUGAAGGCCAAUCAGAGAACUUUGUUUGAGUCGUGGGGCAGCAAUGCGUCUCACUCAGAUCAGAGGAAAAUCACCAAGAAACCUGCAGAGGACAAGAGACCGACAGACAGAUCAGAUCAGAGAGACAGCUGCAGAGGUCUGUGGGGUGAGACCUUUCAGCAGCGCCCGCAGGAUAAUAAUGAUGAGGAUGAAGAUGAUGAUGACCUGAUGCUGGUGGCUGUGUAUGAGGCAGAGAGAUCCCUGCAGGCCUCUGACGUCACUUCCUGUCCCGAAGAGCACCCUCAGGGUUUUGACCCUUCAGCGGGGCAGAUAUGGAUCUACCCCACCAACUACCCCAUCAGAGAGUACCAGCUGCAGAUCUCCGAGGCCGCUCUCCUCCAGAACACACUGGUGUGUCUGCCCACCGGUCUGGGCAAAACCUUCAUCGCCUCUGUGCUCAUGUAUAACUUCUACCGGUGGUUUCCUGCCGGGAAGAUCGUCUUCAUGGCUCCCACCAAACCUCUGGUGUCCCAACAGAUCGAAGCCUGUUUUAAAGUGAUGGGAAUCCCACAGCAGCACAUGGCAGAGCUCACAGGAACGACGGCGGCCCAUCAGCGUAGAGACCUCUGGAGAUCCAAGCGUGUUUUCUUCUUAACUCCUCAGGUGAUGGUGAACGAUCUGUCCCGUAACACCUGCCCUGCGGCCCGCGUCAAGUGUGUGGUGAUCGAUGAAGCCCACAAGGCCACAGGGAAUCACGCCUACUGUCAGGUGAUUCGAGAGCUCUGGAAUCAAACACAGCAGUUUCGAGUCCUGGCUCUCAGUGCCACUCCUGGAGGAGAUGUUAAGGCAGUACAGCAGGUGAUCUCUAACCUGUUGAUCUCUCACAUCGAGCUGCGUUCAGAAGACAGUCCUGAUGUUCAAGCUCACGUUCAUCAGCGUAGCGUGGAGAAGAUUGUCGUCCCGUUAGGAGAAUCUCUGACUCAGUAUCAGACCAGAUACCUGCAGCUUUUAGAAAGAUUUGCAUCCCGUUUGACCCAGAUGAGGCUCUUAAGUCACCGUGACCUCAGCUCGCUUACCAAAUACCAGAUCAUUCUGUCUCGAGAGCAGUUUAGACGAAACCCGCCGCCCCACGUCCUGGCUGGACAGCACGGAGUACUCGAGGGGGAUUUUGCUCUCUGCAUCAGCUUGUAUCACGGCUAUGAACUCCUGCAGCAGAUGGGUCUUCGAUCGCUCUACCUCUUCAUUCAGAACAUCAUCUCUGGGCCUAAAGAGUCGUCUCGCAUGAGGAACGAACUUCAGAGGAAUCCGGUCUUCGUGGAUCUUUACAGGGACAUGGAGGCCACGUUCACCCCAUCCAGCAGAGAUCCUAAAGAGCCGUAUCUCUACAGUCAUCCUAAGCUUCAGAAACUGGAUGAGGUCGUGUUACAGCACUUUAAAACAUGGCCUGACUGCUCAGGCAGCGAUGCAUCAGAAAAGGUGAACACACGCGUUAUGAUUUUUUCCUCAUUCCGUGAAAGCGUCCAGGAAAUCGCUGAGAUGUUGAACCGUCAUCAGCCGCUUGUCAGGGUCAUGACGUUCAUGGGUCAAGCGUCUGCUGGUAAAGGGGUUCGAGGAUUCACACAGAAAGAACAGCUGGAGGUUGUGCGUCGCUUCCGUGACGGGGGCUUCAACACACUCGUGUCCACUUGUGUCGGUGAGGAGGGUCUCGACAUCGGUGAGGUCGAUCUCAUCGUGUGUUUUGAUGCUCAGAAGAGUCCGAUUCGUCUGGUGCAGCGCAUGGGCCGUACGGGACGCAGGCGACAAGGACGAAUUGUCAUCAUACUGGCGGAGGGACGAGAAGAGAGAACGUAUAACCAGAGUCAGAGCAGUCGGCGGAGUAUCAACAAAAGCAUUGUGGGAAACAAGCACAGUUUCCACAUGUUUCCAAAGAGUCCUCGAAUGCUGCCGGCGGGCGUCACCCCUAAACUGCACAAGAUGCACAUCAGCUGCGCUCAGUUUCAACACGCAGAUGAGAGAGGACGCAGCUCAACGAAAGGUCGCAGGUCUUCACUUGACCCUCAGAUCGGCGGUAAGAGAAACCACAGUCUCUCACGCUAUGUCAAACGUGUGUGUGUCUGUCUCACUCUCUUGUCUCCUGUAGGACGUGAUGAGAAGCGGGUGAAAGACGACGGCUGUCUCACUGCUGCUGAAGAGGUCAUCUGGACGUCCACCAUGAGGCUGGGAGAGGAUGAACCUCAACCUGUAUUCAACCAAACAACUCUACUGACAUUCAGUGACAGCCAAUCAGCACAGGAGUCGCGUGUAUCGGGUCGGGUCAGAGAGCUGUCACUGUGGGAGUGGAGACACUGGCAGAACGCACCGCUGCCGACACACCGAGUAGAACAUUCACAACGAUGCCUUCACUUCACCUCCAUCAUGGAGUUCAUCGACCAGAUGAGACAGAACGAGCAGGUUGACUGUGGUGAUGGGUCAGAGGUUCAGAUGAAUCUACAGGAUGAUGAUGAUGACAGAACAUCAAAACUGAAUACUGACAAAAUCACUUCACAGAUGAGACCAAAAUCUGGUCAUAACAUCAGAGCCUCUUUUUCCAAACCCAGCGUACGUCAGACCCAUAAACAUGACCAAAGUGAAAAGAGCCCAGCGUCAGAGCAAAGCAAAGCAUUUAAUGACAGUCAAGAUCAUCACAUCAAUAAGAGCUGUGUAAUGGAUUCAGAAGAAACUGAUGGGAACGACCCGUCAAAGAUCCAACGAGAAGAUUUAUGUGGUCCAGAUAUCGAAUCAAACCCUGACCUUCAGCCAGCAGAUGAGAGCUCAGAUCUCGAUCAGAUGUUUUAUCCAUCUAAGUGCAACUUCAGACCAAACGUGCCGUCCGAAACGUUUCACACCGUUCUGGCCAAUGUUAAGAAUCUCCUGUCCAGAUCUCCACCACAGGACUUUGAUUUUAACUUCCCAGAGAUCACCACAGGAGACUCGGAUCCCUUCACCGUGAAGUUUUGCCUAACAGCCGACGACUCGCUGGAGCUCACGCCUCAAAAAUCACCACAGUUAGCAGGAAACGCACUUUCACCCAGCUGGGACGAAAUGUUUGAUGAUGUUCAGGACGAGACUGACCUGCCCUUAGAGCAACAACAUAAUCCCAUGGACUUAAAUGAGAGCGUUGACCUGUUUGGAGAUGAUGAAGCGUUCCUUCAAGUGUCCAUACCUGAUGUUCAGACGCCGGACAAGACCUCCGUAGCUCCUGAAACCACAGAAAACACCAAUUGUGUGAAGCGGAACGUAACUGAUGUGUUAUCUCCCAUAGGAAAGAGACCCGAGCAAAAUUCAGAAGUUUUUAACUGCUCUCAGGACUUCUUCUCUGUGAACUUUGACCUCGGAUUAUCUUUUGACUCUGAAGAGGAAGAACCGACUGAAACCGUACCGGCCGAGGAAAACGUCAGCGCCAUGUCACCAUUAAAGGAACCCAAAGCUUCGGUCUUCUCGCCGUGGACCCAUCCAGCAGCUGCAGUCUCAACGCCGUCGUCUGAGGUCAGGAAGCCGUUCGUCAUCCGUUCUCCUCUCGUCACUGCAGCGCGACCGAGCGCCUCCACACCCGACCAUGUGUUCCUGUCAGCCGUGCGCAGAAGAGCUUCACCCGUAGCAUCUCUCAGGAAGUCCCUGGUUCAUAAAGAGACGUUUCAUCAGCGAUCUUCAGACGCUGUGCUGAGCAGUGACAGUGAGGAUGAGGUGUUUGUGAAGAAACCAGCACAUAAAGUUCAUCUUUUAUCAUCUCCAGAGGACUCAAAGAUCUUCUCAGAUGUGGAUUCUCCUUUACAAGUGCGCAGAAAACGUUCAGCUGCGUUAAACAUGUCAGAGGACACAGAUGUGGAUGAAGAGUCGGGUGAUGAUUUUCAUCAGGGUGUCACUCAUAGAUCCAAAGUUCCUCGGCCGUGUUCUGCAGGAAAUCAUCUGCUGAAAUCUGCUAAGGUUCAUCAUCCGCAAGUGCGCCAGUUUCUGCAUGAGGAGGCAGAGCUGUCUGAAAACGAAGAUGUUUCAUCUGAUGAAGAUGAUGGAGAUGAACAGAACCGGUCUCUGGAUGGGUUUGUGGUCAACACUACGCAGUGCUCUCAGGGGCUUAACGAGUCUGAGAUGCAGGCCAUCUAUUUGAAGUCUGUGAGGAGCCCUGCAGUACAAAACCACCUGCGAAUGACAUAUAAGCCCAAACACAAUGUGGACAUCUUCUCACAGGUCCCAGAACAGGAUGAGACGUACGCUGAAGACAGCUUUGUGCUUCAUGGGAGUGAUGUAGAGGAGGCGAGUGAUGAAGAACCUGUGGAAAUGAUUCUUGAAGACUCUUACAUCGAUGGACGAAAACAGUACGCCACACGCCGCCGCGCUCAAAUCAAACACAUCAGAGCAGCAAAUGAGACGAGAAAAGUCCGAUCUGAGACCGACAGGAGAAAUAAACGCUCCAGGAUCAUUCGAGUACAAGAUUCUAGUGAAGAAGAGGAAGAGGAGGAGGUAACGAAGUUUAAAGUUCCUCAGUGUGUCUCUGAGAGGAGUGUGAGACAGACAGACAGACAACAGGAGCAGAGAGACAGAACAUUCAGUCAUGUGAUGGAUGACAAGAAUGAAGCGCAGGUGGAUGGCACAGCUUUGACCCGAAGCACGCGGGACGCAGACGCUCCUCUCAGUGUGUUAGUGGACAGUCGCUGUAUCAGCGGAGGGUCAGAGGUCGUGUCCUCUCUGCGGCUGAGACACGGGCUGAAUGUUCACGUCUGCUCCCUGCUCACCUCUGACUUCAUCGUGAGCGAUCGCAUGGCCGUGGAGUGGCUGAGAGAGUCGGACAUCGCCAGCGUCCAAAACCGCAGACGGCUGCAGGACAGAAUCCAGAGACUGCAGGCGUUACAUGAGCGUGUGUGUCUGAUUAUUGAGAGAGAUCGAACUAAACCUGGCGAGACGCUCCGAGCGUUCCAGCGCACUCGCUUUUAUGACGGGACGCUGGCGGCGUUGGUACGGGCGGGCGUGAGGCUCACGGUCAGCAAAGGUCCGGAUGAAACCGCCAGCAUACUGAAUGAACUCGCUCAGGUAGAGAAGAGAAAAGGUCAGGCCAUCGCUGUGCCGCUGGAGGUCAGAGGUCACCGUCGGCAGGCCCUUCAGUUCUUCCUGACGCUGCCGUACGUGAGUUACAUCGCCGGUCUUAACAUGUGCCACAACUUCACCUCAGUGAGACACGUGAUCGACAGUUCGGUUGAGGACCUGCAGAAGUUUGCGCAUGUCACUCGUUCACAAGCGCAAGAGAUUCAUCGCUGUCUGCGUUACAAUCAUGACCGCCAGCAACUAACUAACUAACCUACACUAACACUAAAUCACUUUAACAUGUGUCUAUGAUGGAAACCAUCAGGAGGAUUACAGUGUAAAUAAAUAUCUUUUCUAUAUUUCAGAUUAUGUCAAAUGUUUUGUUGAUUCUCUGAUUAUUAUUUAUAUUUAUGUUGAUUUAUUUGAGCAGACAUUAUUUUAUUUAGAAAAAUAAAAUUGCUCGUUUUUUUUAAA